CCAUAUCUUGUGUUGACUUGGAACCACGACGAGUUCGGACUUUAGAGAGCGAUCGCCCGGCCCAACCGAGCCGUCCUUGUAAACCACCCUACAGCAAUCAUAGCAUUAGCAGACACAUAGGCCAGGGCCCCAGUCGCGAAACUUGAGCCGGGCCCUCUUGGGGCGGCGAGUCCCAAGAGAUGGCGCAAACAGAGGAACUUGCCAACGGCGCGGCGAACGGCGUUGCGCAGCCGGAUAAUGGGGCCGCGAAGAAGCUUUCAAAGGCGGAGAAGGAGAAGGAGCGGCGGAAGAAGAAGAAGCUGAACAAGCAGCAGCGCAGGCAGCAAAGCGAGCAGGGCGGCAAGGGAGGCGGCAGCGCGGCACUAACAUCGGAGGACGGCGACGAUGAGGAGAUCGUGAUUGAGUACGUGUCCGCGCCGCUGGACCUGGACAGCCUGCGCGGCGGCGCCGGCGAGGACGGCGAGGACUCCAAAGCGGCUGCCCGGGACGAGGAGGAGGACGAGGACACAGACAUGCGGCCGGGGCUGGGAGGUCUGGGCUUCAAGCGCGCAGAGGAGGAGGCCCCCAAGCCGGGUCUAGUGGACCCCUACGAGGAGUUCAAAAAGGUGUUUGAGCGCUUCGCCUCCGCCGAGGAGGUGACGGGGCAGGUGGAGGUCAAGGACGAGGACGAGGAGGACGCUGAGGACACGGGGCGCGCCAAGGAGGACAAGAAGGCGACCACCUCGGAGCCGGGCAGCGACGACCAGGAGGGCGAGGGCGUGGAGUCCAAGCUGUCCAAGAAGAAGCUCAAGCUGCUCAACCGGCUCAAGGUGGCGGAGCUCAAGGCCGUGUGCGCGCGGCCCGAGGUGGUGGAGGUGUGGGACGUCACCGGGCCCGACCCGCCGCUGCUGGUGUUCCUAAAGGCCUAUCGCAACACGGUGCCGGUGCCUCGGCACUGGUCCCAGAAGCGCAAGUACCUGCAGGGCAAGCGCGGCCUGGAGAAGCCGCCCUUCAAGCUGCCCGACUUCAUCGAGGCCACGGGCAUUGCGGAGAUGCGCACCGCCUACCAGGCCAAGGAGGACGCCAAGAAGAUGAAGCAGAAGCAGCGCGAGCGCAUGGCGCCCAAGAUGGGCCGCAUGGACAUCGACUACCAGGUGCUGCACGACGCGUUCUUCAAGCACCAGAAGCCGCCGCCGCUGACGGGCGUGGGCGAGCUGUACUACGAGGGCAAGGAGUACGAGGCGCGCAUCACACACUGCAGGCCGGGCGAGCUUUCCGACACGCUGCGUGAGGCUCUGGGUAUGAACGAGCGCACGCCGCCGCCCUGGCUGAUCAACAUGCAGCGCUACGGCCCGCCGCCCUCCUACCCCAACCUCAAGGUGCCCGGCCUCAACGCCCCCAUCCCGCCCGGCUGCACCUUCGGGUACCACCCAGGUGGCUGGGGCAAGCCACCCGUGGACGCGGACGGCAACCCGCUGUACGGCGACGUGUUUGGGGAGCACGGCGACGGCGGAGAGAGCGACGAGGAGGUGGACAAGUUCAGUCGGUGGGGCGCGAUGGAGGAGGUGGAGGAGGAGAGCAGCGAGGAGGAGGAAGAGGAGGAGGAGGAGCAGGAGGGCGGCGAGGCGGGCGGCGAGGCCGACAUGGACGAGGACGCCAUGCAGGCGGGCAUUGCCUCGGGCCUUCAGAGCGGGCUGGUGUCGGGCCUGGCCUCCGGCAUCGCCUCCAGCCUGCCCAGCGGCAUCGAGACGCCCGACACCUUCAACCUGCGCAAGGACGCCGAGGGGCCGCGGCAGCUGUACACGGUGCUGGAGCAGAAGCAGGUGUCUGUGGGCACGGGCGGCAUCAUGGGCACGGACCACGUGUACGUCAUACCCGGAGGCGACAAGGCGGCGGCCGGCGCAGCGGGCAAGAACAAGAAGCCGGACUUCCUGAAGAACGUGGGCGCGGACGUGGAGGUGACCAUCAGUCCCGAGGAGCUGGAGGGACUGGACGAGGCGCAGGUCAAGGCGCUGUACGAGGCGCGUGUGGCGGAGAUGCGCGCCGGCAGCCGGCGGGAGGACUUCUCCGACCUGGUGGCGGCGAAGGCGGCGCAGCAGAAGCGCAAGCAGGCGGCGGCGGCGGACAACAAGGCCGCCAAGAAGGCCAAGGGAAGCGACAACUUCAAGUUCUAGGGGCGCUGGCGGGAUGUGGAUGUGGGUUUGGCCUGAGGCGUGUGGGGAGGCUAGUGGGCUGCGGUGGAGCGGUUGAGGUGCAGGACGAGGAGGAGGACGUGCUGGCGGCGGGGACGAGUGUGCGGAGUAGGUCUGAUUGCGGAAGGCACCUCCUUCUGUGCGUUGAUCAGGCGAGUAGACGGUGCGGACGCGGCAAUCGCGGCAUGAAGGCGAUGAUGCGGGCGACGACGCGAGCCACUGCUCCACGUUGGGGGGGAGGGCGUCAGGCGGGGUUUCAGAAGGCUUACCGCCGCGCUUAACAGAUUUGAAAGCACACAUGUGCAUUGGUGCUGGACUGUAGCCGUGGUUGCAUGCGAGGCAACCAUACCUGGCUUGGUGCUACGUGGCUUCGACUACGCCGUCGCCUGGGGGCUGGGGCAGACCGGCGUCUGAAGGGUUACAAGGCCAUGGGCAAAUCCGCAAAUUCGAGUGGCCACGCACCAACUUCGACUCUGGGGUACGCUCUGGGGUGGGCAAUUUGCGGACCGGAACAGGCCACAGUCAAGACUAUUACUUAAGCCU